CAUGGAGGGGACCAGUCUGGCAGUGUGGACGGUGUUCGCGGUGCUGGUGCCGGUGCUGAUCACGCUGUGGUGCAGUUUACGGAGGUCCGGCCGGAGGAGUCUGUCCCGGGCGGGGAAACACGCCUGGCAGGAGACCGAUCUGUUCGGGCGGCCGACCUACUGCUCGUUGUGCGGCCUGCACAUCCUCCAGGGAGGGUACUGCCUGUGCUGCGGCCUGUGCGCCGACCACCCGUGUGUGGCGAAGGCCAGCCGGCGCUUCCCGUGUAAAGAUGUGCUGGGGAGGAGCGAGGCGGCCUGGAGCCACCACUGGGUGCGGGGGAACCUACCGCUGUGCAGCCAGUGUGUCCGCUGCGGCCUACAGUGUGGGAGCCAGCCUAAACUGUGCGACUACAGAUGUAUCUGGUGUCAGAGAACCAUCCAUGAUGACUGCAUACAAAAAGACUUGAAGAGCGCAGACUGUGACCUCGGGGAGUUCCGAAACCUCAUCAUCCCACCCAGCUAUCUCCUGGCUGUGAAGCAGAUGAACGAGAGCAACAGUACAGACAAGUUGUUGUCUUCACUGGGAAAAGACUGGACUCCUCUGAUAGUUCUUGCUAACACCCGCAGUGGGAACAAUAUGGGCGAAGUUUUGGUUGGAGAAUUUAAAGGUCUUCUGAAUCCUUUCCAGGUGUUUGAUUUGAGCAAGACAUCUCCAUUCGAAGCGCUUCAACUCUGUGCACUUCUUCCUCCUAACUCUGCCAAAGUGCUGGUUUGCGGUGGAGAUGGCACUGUUGGUUGGGUCCUUGAUGCUGUGGAUGAGAUGAAGAUAAAGGGUCAAGAAAGUUUUGUGCCUCAAGUCGCAGUGUUACCUCUAGGAACUGGCAAUGAUCUGGGUAAUACUUUAGGAUGGGGGCCGGGAUAUGCCGGAGAAGUGCCUGUAGAGCAGAUACUUCGCAAUGUUAUGGAGGCCGACAGCAUUAAGCUUGACAGGUGGAAAGUCCAGGUUACUAACAAGGGUUACAGUCUGAGGAAACCAAAGGUUUUGUCCAUGAAUAAUUACUUCUCAAUAGGUCCCGAUGCCUUGAUGGCUUUAAACUUCCAUACACAUCGAGAGAAGUCCCCGUCACUUUUUUCCAGCAGGCUUGUUAACAAGGCGGUGUAUUUAUUUUAUGGGACCAAGGAUUGCUUGAUUCAAGAGUGUAAAGAUCUUGACAAAAAAGUGGAGCUGGAGUUGGAUGGAGAGAGAAUCUCAUUACCCAACCUGGAGGGGAUCGUAGUGCUGAAUAUCGGUUACUGGGGAGGAGGCUGCAGGUUGUGGGAAGGCAUGGGAGACGAGCCAUAUCCUUUAUCUAGGCAUGACGAUGGGCUGCUAGAGGUGGUGGGCGUUUAUGGAUCAUUCCACUGCGCUCAGAUUCAGGUGAAGCUGGCAAACCCUGUCCGUCUUGGCCAAGCACACACUGUGAGGCUAAUUUUGAAGAAUUCCAGAAUGCCAAUGCAGGUGGACGGCGAACCCUGGGCCCAGGGACCGUGCGAAGUCACCAUCACUCAUAAGACACACGCUCUCAUGUUGUACCAUGCAGGGGAACAAACUGACGACGAUGACGAAUACCCUUCCAGUGAGUCCGACCAAGACACCCCGCACACAAAGGCAUAG